AUUUGAUUAAAUUUUUAAUCCUCAGUUAUUUCAUUGUCACAGUAAUCGCUCAAGUUACUAUCCCCGUUUUACCAGAUGAUACCAAAAAUUAUAUGGUUACUGGUGGAAAUGGUGUAAAGAUUUUUGUAGAAGAAAAAGGAGAUCCAACGAAAGUCACAAUGGUGUUCUGCGCUCCAAUAAUGUCAUCACGUAUUAGCUGGGAGGUGCAAUUUAAUGAUCCAUCGCUUAAUGGAAAUUUUCAUCUUAUUAGAUAUGAUUAUCGAGGAACCGGUAGAAGUGAUAAACCAAAAGACGUUAAUGCGUAUAGUACCGACUUACAUGUUUUAGACCUUAACGCCGUAAUAGAUAGUGUAAAAUCUAAGAAAAUAAUUUUAGUUGGUGCGUCUAUUGGAUCGUUAGUUUCCAUUGGAUCUAUGAAAACUGAGAAAGUUGCUGGAUUUAUAUCAGUAUCUGGAAUUUUCAAUGGAGACAUCCCAUUUUUUACUAAUGCUACUGAACCAUCGGAUGACUAUCAAACAGCUAUUGAUACACUUAGGGGAGCUUUUGCCUUUCUCACUGCUAAACCUUUGUCCGAUCAAUUCAGUUCAUUUUUGUUUGGUCAAAUUUCUCAAACGAGUCCUGAAUUCCGUCAUAAUAAAAGUCCAAUUCCUGAUUUUGGCAGUAUUUUUAGUAAUUUAAAUGUUCCAACAUUAUUUCUUAUCGGUGAUAAAGAUGCCAUAGUUCCAGCUAACUAUAGUCAAAAGUUUGUAAGUCUUGCGAAAAAUGGGCAAAAAAUAA